UCGCUGAUCGAGCUCUUCGUGAACAGGCUGGACUCGGUUGAGUCGGUUCUGCCCUAUGAGUAUGAUGCUUUUGACUUCUGUCAAGAUACAGAAGAGAAAAGACCAUCAGAGAAUCUUGGACAAGUGCUGUUUGGGGAGAGAAUAGCAUCGUCUCCAUAUAAGUUCACUUUUAAAAAGCCAGAAACAUGCAAGAAAGUUUGUACAAGAUCAUAUGACCCAGCAAACAGUGCUGAUAAAAGCAAACUGGCUUUUUUGAAGAAAGGAAUGCAGUUGAAUUAUCAGCAUCACUGGAUUAUUGAUAACAUGCCUGUAACGUGGUGCUAUGAUGUGGAAGAUGGACAAAAAUACUGUAAUCCAGGAUUUCCAAUAGGAUGUUUUGUUACUCCAGAUGGUAGAGUUAAAGAUGCUUGUGUUAUAAAUUCAGAGUUUAACAAGAAGAAUACUUUCUACCUCUUCAACCAUGUUGACAUAACAAUCAUGUACCAUAGUGGGAAGGAUGAAAACUGGCCUGGUGCAAGACUGGUGAUGGCGAGACUGAGGCCGCAAAG